AUUCGCAAGCACGCUACAGCAUCAACGAAGGCCAGCCUCACGCUUCUGCAGAAAAUCAACGACAAUGGCAGCCACCCUCUCCGUCCGGCCCAACCGCCUCUCCGCCGGUUCACUGUUCUACCGGCCGCCCGUCCGACGAUCCGGCUCAACCAAUCCCGGAAAAUCCGCUUCCCGGAGAGGCGGCGCCGUCGGUGUCGGUGUCACGCCUCCACGCCGCGCAUUUGCUAGAACACUGCUGCCGCCGGUCCAAGCAAGCUCGCGCGCCGACGACUCGGCGCCGUCUGAGAUGUCUCUUGAGAACGCGCUUAAGCUUCUUGGAGUCUCCGAAGGAGCCUCCUUCGAUGAAAUACUCCGCGCCAAGAAUUCCACUCUCGCUACUUGCAAUGAUGACAAGGCGAUUGCUCAGAUUGAAGCUGCAUAUGACAUACUGCUUAUGCAGAGCUUAACUCGGCGUCGAGCUGGGAAAGUUGAGAACAGUCGCAUUCGAUAUGCUGAUGUUAAACCAAUAAACUCUCCUGGCAUGGGUUCAAAGUCUCAAUGGCUGAGGAACAUGCCUAUUUCUAUUGAAACACCAUCUACGCGUGACUUGGGCAUACAAGCUGGUGUAUAUGGGGCAUUAGCAGUCUUGACUUAUGUAAACGGAGCUUCUUCACCUUCUUCACUGCCUUAUGCAGGUGCUGAUGUUCCUGGACUGAUCUUGGCAGGUAGCUUUGGAGCUUCCCUGUACUUCAUGACCAAAAAGAACGUAAAAUUAGGAAAGGCAACGGUGAUAACCAUAGGUGGCCUUGUGGCUGGUGCAGUAGUGGGGUCUGCAGUUGAGAGUUGGUUGCAGGUUGACAUUGUUCCUUUCCUUGGUAUACAUUCCCCUGCUACUGUAGUAAGUGAAUUCGUACUUCUCUCCCAAUUCUUGGUCUCUUUAUACCUUAGAUAGAGCUAAUAGAAUAUUUUAAUUGCCCCUUCAUUGUAAAAGUUGUAAUUAUUCAAUUGCUCUAUCACAUGUUAGUUCUCCAAGGUAAUAUGCUUCUGGUUGCUCAGAAGCUCACUAGAUUGAUGGGACUUGUGUUUAUAGUUAAGAACAUUAUAACCAUCAUAUGUUCAUCCUGGAUGCGAAUGUUCAAAAUGGUCUCAUCCACCCAUGUCCAUUUGCCACAAUUUCUUCUUAGUAAAUUUUUCAUUUGGUUAUAUUCACAAAA